CUGUCAGCGCCUGGUGAGCAAAUGUCUCCACACCACGGUGAGGUUCCUGAAGAAAACUGGAACUGAGCACCAGUGGAUGGAGCGGCACUUGAAGGAUCCCUUUGUCAAGGCAACGAAGCAGCAGCAUUACCGUUGCCGGAGUGCCUUCAAAUUACUGGAAAUUGAUGACAAGCUUCACAUUCUUCGCCCAGGACUUUCUGUUCUUGACUGUGGAGCAGCACCUGGUGCUUGGAGCCAGGUUGCUGUCAAGAGGGUCAACGCUUUAGGUACUGAUCCUGCUGUCCCCACCGGCUUCGUCCUUGGCGUUGACCUCCUGCGGAUUUCUCCUCUGGAAGGAGCAGUCUUCUUGUCAGAGGCUGACAUUGCAGACCCGAGCACCCUGAGGACAAUUCAGAGCCUGCUUCCCACCGAGAAGGUGGAUGUUAUCUUGAGCGACAUGGCACCUAAUGCAUCAGGCAUUAAAGAACUGGAUCACCAGAAGCUGAUCCAUCUGUGUUUAGGCCUUCUGAAUCUCUCCCAAAGUCUUUUAAAGCCGAAAGGAACGAUGCUCUGUAAGUUCUGGGAUGGAAGUGAGUCCUGUCUUCUGCAAAACAGGCUGAAGGAGCAGUUCCAAGAUGUGAGAACUAUAAAGCCCCAGGCCAGCCGGAAGGACUCUGCUGAAUCUUACUAUUUGGCCAGACUGUACAAAGGGAAGUGAAAGCAGAGAACUGCAGGUUAUCAAACAGGUGAUCAGAUAUUGACUGAAAAUCUGAAUUUGGCGUGUGUUUGAAGAAAA